UGUAACACAGUGCCAAAUCUAAAUAUAAUAUAUAUAUUUUAUUUUUUUAUUUUUAUUUUUAAGAGUCGGUCAUAAGUUGGAUAGUAGAUACUAUACUGAAAAUGGCAAUCUCAUAUUUCCCGCUCGUUCCAAUCGAUGAAAAAUUCAAACGCAGCCUUAGCCCGUUGCGCCUCUUUACUCUCUGCCUACUUAGUUCGGCCCCUCUCUCUCCCCUUGAAACCUAGUUAUUCUCCAACAUAGAAUGACUCGAGGCGCUAAGCGAAAGUCCAAUCAGGACAUUCCGUUACCGCUAGGGUCUUCUUUUGCAGCAAAGAAGGAAAAGAAGGAUCCGACGGUGGAUGAUGAUAUCGGGUUCGCCGGAAAUCCAGUUCCAGCCAACGAAGCGAGGGAAAAGUCGUCAUUAGGGUCUUCUUUUGCAACAAAGAAGAAAAAUAAGCUUCCCACUGCAGAUGAAGACAUCAGCUUGGCUGGAAAUCCAGUUCCGGCCAACGAAGCCAGGGAAAAGUCGUCAUUAGGGUCUUCUUUUGCAACAAAGAAGAUAAAAAAGCUUCCCACUGUGGAUGAUGACACCAGCUUGGUCGGAAAUCCAGUUCCGGCCAACGAAGCCAGGGAAAAGUGGCCUGAACGUUACCAGUCCAAGAAUAAGGUCAAGACUGUUAUUUCUCCUAAUGGAUCCGAAGACUGUGAAUCCACUGAAAAAGAGGUUUUGCAAGCAAGACGUCACUAUACUCAAGCCAUUGUGGAUGGUUGCAUAUUCAAGCUUUAUGAUGAUGCAUAUGUCAAAGCUGAAAAGGGAGAACCUGAUUUCAUUGCCAAGAUUGUGGAGCUGUUUGAAACCAUUGAUGGAGAACCGUAUUUUACAGCUCAGUGGUUCUAUAGAACUGAAGAUACGAUAAUAAAAAAACAAGCCCAUCUGGUUGACCAGAGACGAGUGUUUUACUCGGACAUAAGAGACGACAAUCCGUUGGAUUCCAUAGUAUCGAAAGUAAAAAUUGCCCGACUCCUGAAAAAUGUGGAUAUGGCUGAAAAAGGGAAGGCAAUCUCAUCUUCUGAUCUGUAUUAUGAUAUGACAUAUUCGUUGCCAUACUUUACCUUUACAACCAUAAGUACAGAUCAGCUCAAGGUAGAUAGUGAUGCAUCAUCAGUAACAUCAAGUGAAGCUAGUUCAAGCAACGCUCCAGGAGACACAAUUGAUUAUUCAAAGUCUUCCGAAGCAUGCAAUCUUCAAGUUUCUGAGAUGACUCUACUGGAUCUAUAUUCUGGUUGUGGUGCGAUGUCUACUGGCUUGUGUUUUGGCGCUUCCAUUUCUGGUUUGAAACUUAUUACUAGGUGGGCUGUUGAUAUAAAUUCUCAUGCAUGUGAAAGUCUAAGGAUCAACCACCCUGAAACUGAGGUGAGAAAUGAAGCAGCCGAAGAUUUUUUGCAUUUGUUGAAGGACUGGGAAAAGCUCUGCCAGGAGUUUCCUGUUGAUUUUAAACAAGACAGCCUAGAUAGUGAUGAAGACGAUGAUGCUGCUGAUGCGUUGAAAGUUCCUCACGGAGAAUUUGAAGUGAGGAAGUUAGUUGCUAUUUGCUAUGGGGACCCCAACAAUGUCAGCAAACGCGGAUUGUACUUCAAGGUGCGUUGGAUGGGCUAUGGUCCUAGUGAGGACACCUGGGAGCCUUCUGAUGGGUUAAGCAAAUGCAAGGAGAGAAUAAAAGAAUUCGUGACAAGAGGUUAUAAAUCAAAGAUAUUGCCUCUUCCAGGUGAUGUUGACUGCAUAUGUGGAGGUCCUCCAUGUCAAGGAAUUAGUGGAUUUAACCGUUUUAGAGACCAAACUGACCCUUUGAAGGAUCCAAAGAACCAUCAGGUUGUGGUGUUUAUGGAUAUCAUAGAAUUUUUGAAGCCUAAGUACAUAUUAAUGGAGAAUGUAUGCGAUAUACUAAAGUAUGCUGGAGGAGCUUUGGUCUCUUAUGCCAUUGGGCGUUUAGUGUCUAUGAAUUACCAAGCACGAUUGGGUAUAAUGGCGGCAGGUUCUUAUGGAGUUGCUCAAUGUCGGAUGCGAGUCUUCCUUUGGGGUGCCCAUCAACUUGAGAAACUGCCUCAAUAUCCUUUACCCACACAUGCUGUCAUUGGAAGAGGUAUUGUAAUAAAUGAAUUUAAGGAAAUUAUUGUUGGGUCUGACAACGGGCAGUCAUGCAUGUUGGAGAGGAGCACUUUACUAGGUGACACAAUCUCAGAUUUGCCACCGGUCACAAAUUAUGAAAAUCGUGAAGAAAUGCUUUAUGGUGGUGCUCCUCGUAACACUUUUCAAAAACACAUUAGAUUUAGAAACAAAGUUGCUGGACAGAAGAAACAAAUGCUUUAUGAUCAUCUACCAUUGAAGUUGAAUGAGGAUGAUUAUGAGAGAGUCUGUCGGAUUCCUAAAAGAAAGGGAGCUAACUUCAGGGAUCUGCCGGGAGUAAUGGUUGGUUCAGUUAAUAAGGCACAAUUGGACCCGUCAAUGGAGAGAGUGUUGCUUCCUUCCGGGAAACCUUUGGUUCCUGAUUAUGCUAUCAAGUUUGUCCGUGGGACGUCAACAAAGCCAUUCGGUCGGUUGGGUAUGGAUGAUAUUGUUACCACGGUAGUGACAAGAGCAGAGCCCCACAACCAGGUUAUCCUUCACCCAGAUCAAGAUCGAGUGCUAACCGUUCGUGAAAAUGCACGAUUACAAGGGUUUCCGGACUUUUACAAACUACAGGGGACUGUUAAACAGAGGUAUAUACAGGUUGGGAAUGCGGUUGCAUUCCCGGUAUCUAUAGCAUUGGGAUAUGCCUUGGGUAAGGCCAGCCAAGGAGUCCAUAAUAGUGAACCCUUGAUGACCCUUCCUAUGAAGUUCCCUGACUGUCUGAAAGAUAUUCCGUGCUUAGAUGAAUCUGACUGAUUUUUUGUUGCGCAAAUUCAUAGCUGUUUGGUUGAAAUGUAGGCUAUUCUUAACCUUAGUGUCCCUUCCUAGCAAUUUGGUUGAAAUGCUAGUAGCCCAUUCUUUGCAAUUUGGUUGGAAGACAUGCUAUUCUUCACCAUCUAGUUGGAGCAAUGUUGAUUUUUGCAUCUAUGGUUUUAAUGUGUUUUUUGAUCAUGCCGGGAAAUGUAACUUCAAAGUAUAAUAUUUGAGAUGUUAGAAUUUCAAAUGUUAUUCAGAUUAUAUAGCCGCACACUGGUGCCUGUAUUGGCAACACACUUUUUCUUCUGUUUUCCUUUUUCUUUCCUUUCCCUUCACCGCCACUUCCCUAUUGGCUUCUUAAGAAGCUUAAUUACUAUCAUUGAUGCAAGUGUUGCAAAAACUACAUGCAGAAUUUUUUUUUUGGUUAAAG